GCAUUUCAAACACGUGAUCAGAUGUUUCUAGAUUUCAAAAGAGACAAACUGUCAAAGUUUGUUUUUUGCCCAAUUGUUUAUACAUUUACGGUCGGGUCAAAGAUUAAAUGAGCGUUAAAUUAGUUAGAAUUGAUUGAAUGAGAAUACCGGUGAAGAGGCAGAGCACAAGUCGAACUCGUAUCCAACUCAAGGCUGUUUCCUCACCCAAGAACCAAAUCAACAUGGAGGAUAUAUUUGUGGAAGUAUGCGGCGAAAACGGUGCUCUUUAUAAGGCCACUGUCUUAGAUGUAUUGGAUGAUGAAAUUUUAGUACAUUUCGAAGAUGAGUGGCAACCAGACCAAAAAUUUCCUUAUUCACAAGUGCGAUUUCCACCUAAACAGGAAGCAAAAGUGGAAUUUGUGGAAAAUCAAGAAGUGGAAGUGUUUUCGCGAUGUUCCUCACAAGAGGCACACGGUUGGUGGAAAUGUAGAAUUAAGAUGAUGAAGGGUGAAUUUUACGUGCUGGACUAUUUAGGCUGGGAUCCGACUUAUUCAGAAAUUGUAAGCACCGAAGCGCUUCGCCCAAAAAAUAAUAAUCCGCCUAUUGACAGAAGCAUGUUCCACAAAUUUGAAAUUGAAGUUCCUGAAGACGUUCGAGAAUAUGCGAAAAUUGAAAAUGCUCACAAGGAAUUCCAGAAAGCAAUAGGGGCCGGUAUAGUUAAUUAUAUUCCUGAGAGAGGAGUCUUAGUUGUUAUUUCACGUUAUGAAAGCUGCCGCAAACGCGCCAGUAUGUUACAAGAUAUGCACUUUAGAAAUCUCUCACAGAAGGUAUUAUUGCUUAAAAGAACGGAGGAGGCAGCUCGCCAACUUGAAAGUACUAAACUGGCAACCGUUGGCGGCAAAUAUAAAUCCAUGUACCAACGGGUCUCAAAUUAUGACGCUGGGCGGGGUGGCUCCAGAUAUUCUGACGAAUUUAAUGUUAGGGAAGACUUAAUGGGGCUUGCUAUCGGAGCGCACGGGGCGAACAUACAACAAGCUAGAAAAGUCGAUGGCAUAACAAAUAUUGAAUUAGAAGAAAAUUCGUGUACUUUUAAAAUAUACGGAGAGUCGGACGAGGCUGUGAAGAAAGCACGAUCGAUGUUGGAAUAUAGCGAAGAAUCUCUACAGGUGCCCCGGACAUUAGUUGGAAAAGUUAUUGGUAAAAAUGGAAGGAUUAUACAGGAAAUUGUCGACAAGAGCGGGGUAGUGAGAGUGAAGAUAGAAGGAGAUAACGAACCGCAGCCUACUAUCCCUCGAGAAGAAGGUCAAGUGCCCUUUGUGUUUGUAGGUACUGUUGACAGUAUAAUGAACGCAAAGGUUCUUCUCGAGUACCACUUGGCACAUUUGAAAGAAGUGGAGCAGUUACGUCAAGAAAAAUUAGAAAUUGAUCAACAGUUACGUAGUAUACAUGGCUCGACGGUAGGCUCAAUGCAGAAUGUAUCGAUGUCGAGAAGGAACGAUCGAGGAUACAAUUCUGACAUGGACGGUGGAUCAAGGGGAGGUCGCGGUGGCGGUACAAUGAGGGGUCGAGGUGGCAGAGGACGAGGCGGACCCGGUCGUAAUAGUGAUUCCCGUUACAAUCCUGGUUCACGUCAUCAAACACCUGACACUAGCGAUGAACGCAUAAGAGAUUUGCCUCCCCGACAGUUUGGUCCUCCAAGAGGUCAUCAAAGACCGGGACUUAGACGUGAUAAUCGUAAGGACGAUAGGCGUAGAACUACCGAUGAAGAAGAUACAGUGUUGGAUAGUCAAGAAGUUUCUAGUGUAGAUCGCGACUCCGUGUCCAGUGCAGAAGCUAUGUCUUCGACAGGUAGCCGGAGCAAUCGUAGACGUAGACGUCAAACAAGGCAGCGUAGUCGUACUCCUUCGGUAUUUGCUAAUGACAACCCUGUUAACAAUGGUCAUCCUGCGGGAGGUUCAGGAGAUCAGCAAACAAACAUACCUCCAAUGCCGGGCACAGAAUCAAAACAACAGCAACCUAAAACACGGCCGAACAAACCACCGCCGGCGUCUCGUCGUAACGAUCCUAAACCUAAGGAAACACUCGUAAAUGGUACAACUGCUUAAAGUUGCUACGUACUGUGCCAAAGUAUUAUGAAGGUUGUAUUACUAAUUACCAGUGUGUGCUUCAAAUGUAAGCAGGAACUUCAUAAAAUAAGUUCUCCCCCCCCCCCCCCCUCAUCUUGUUGAUGUUGUGUUUCAUAUCCUUUCUUCAGCAUAGUAUAAUAAAUAGAGGGCGGACGGCUGCCCUGCUCCUGGCCGAAACAAAGUGACUGUUGGGUUCUGUGAACCAUGAGUCCACCAUGUUGGUUUAGACUGUUUUUGAUGUGUGUGGCUUAAAUUGCGCAUCUUCUCAUUAUUCAAACAGAAGCGGAUACUGUUUUAUUUCAUAAAUAAUGUGUGGUUUA